AUGGAGCAUCUGGUGAACAACCUUACAGAGGGGGACAAGGAGCACCUGAAGAAGCAGCUGCCGCUGAUCUUACAACCCUUAUUGCUGCAACUGAGGGGACACUCGAAAGCAGUGGACAGAGAAGUGACACGCCGCUACCGGACGGCCAAGGAGCUGAUUGACACGGUUGAAGCACUAUCAACCUUCUACAUAAAAGGACCAGACGGGAAGCACUGGGGGCAGGUGGGAUGCGACCACCUCAAUGUCACUGAGAGUGGCACCUACACAUGUGACAGGCCUGGCAGUGGGCGCAGCCCCCCCGUGAGAGUCGUAGAUGACGAGCUGGUGCUGCAGAUGCCAGCAUGGGCACUGCUGGAGGGGGACACGGUGACACUGCGCUGCCGGGGCCGGUGGAACAGCCCAGUACCCAUGAUGCGGUUUUACCAGGACGAGAAGGAGCUGACAGAGUCCCUCAGAGGGACUGAGCUGUCCCUGUCACCCCUGCAGCGGCACCACAGCGGCCACUACCGCUGCGAGGGCUUUCUGAGGUCCUGGCCAUCACGGUCAGCACCAGUGACAGUGACAGUGCAUGUGCCCGUGGACAAUGCCACCAUGACACCCGGUGUCCUGGAGCUGACACCGUGGGACACAGGGACACACAGGGACGCAGGUGGGGUCACACAGGGUCACCAGGGAGUGCAGGACCCCUGGGGUGAUGGGUGACCCUGAUGUGUCUCCCUCUGUUACUUGCAGCGGCCG